AUGUCCCCGCCAACGUCCGCCCUCGAGUUCCUCGACUUCGUCAACGCCUCGCCGACCCCUUACCAUGCCGUCGCUAGCGCCGCCGCGCUCCUCGAUGCCGCCGGCUUCACGCUCAUUAAGGAGCGCGACAACUGGGCGUCGACCGUCAAGCCCGGCGGCAAGUACUACCUGACGCGCAACGGCUCCUCGGUCGUGGCCUUUGCCGUCGGCGCUCGCUGGCGACCGGGGAAUCCCAUCGGCAUGGUUGGAGCUCAUACCGACUCUCCCACCCUCCGGGUCAAACCCAUCAGCAAGCGCACCGCGAACGGCUACCUCCAGGUCGGAGUUGAGACGUACGGCGGCGGCAUCUGGCACAGCUGGCUCGAUCGUGACCUGAGCGUAGCCGGCAGAGUGCUGGUGCGGGAAGGUCAAGGGGAAGGCAACUUCGUCCAGAAGCUCGUCAAGGUGGACAAGUCAGUGUUGCGGAUCCCGCACCUGGCGAUCCACCUCCACCGGCAGACAAACUUUGACCCGAAUAAGGAGGACGAGCUGCUCCCGAUUGCCGGCCUGGCGGAGGCCGAGCUGAACAAGGCCGGGGGGAACGAGAACGCGGAGGUGCAGGAGGGCGAAUUUGAGCCCCUCAGGGCGCUGCCCGAGCGUCACCAUCCUUCCUUCCUCACCCUCGUAGCCGAGCAAGCUGGCGUCGACGUAUCCCAGAUCAUCGACUUCGAGCUGGUUCUCUACGACACCCAAAAGGCCUGCCUUGGCGGGCUGAAUGACGAAUUCAUCUUCUCUGCGCGCCUUGACAACCUCAACAUGACCUUCUGCAGCAUCAAAGGGCUGAUCUCCUCCGUGCAGUCCACCGCGCUCGAUAACGACAACAGCAUCCGCCUGGUGGCGUGCUUCGACCACGAAGAGAUCGGCUCGCUCUCCGCGCACGGCGCCGACUCAAACUUGCUCCCCGCCAUCCUCCGCCGCCUUUCCGUCCUCCCCGGGUGCACCACAGACAGCGACAGAACGGUGGAGGAACUAGCGGCUUCCACGGCCUUCGAACAGACCCUGUCUACCUCUUUCCUCCUCUCUGCCGACAUGGCCCACGCGGUGCACCCCAACUACCAGGCCAAGUACGAGCGCAACCACACGCCGGCCAUGAACAAGGGCCCCGUCAUAAAGAUCAACGCCAACCAGCGCUACGCCACCAACUCCCCCGGCAUCGUGCUGAUCCAGGAGGUGGCGCGGCAGACCAAGGUCCCGCUGCAGCUGUUCGUCGUCAAGAACGACUCGCCCUGCGGCAGUACCAUCGGGCCCAUGCUGUCUGCGAAGCUGGGCGUCCGGACGCUGGACAUGGGCAACCCACAGCUGAGCAUGCACAGCAUACGGGAGACAGGCGGCAGUAGGGAUGUCGAGUAUGCCGUGAGGCUGUUUGAGGGGUUUCUGAGCCGGUUUGGCGACCUGGAGGGGAGAAUUUUGAUUGACUGA